AAGGCACUGUUGGAAAGACGGCAAGAUGAGUAGUCGACGAAAGCAUGCACCGCCCUCCAGGGUAGAUGAGGAGAAAAAGAAGCAGCUCUGCUGGAAUAUGCAUGAAGAUCGAAGGAAUGAAGUGAUGACUGAUGACAUGAAUGAAGAUGACUCUGUUCCCGCUCCCAGCACGUCUUCUUCAUCCUUCAUUGUUAUAAAUGAUGAUAGCAUUGAUGAAGAACUGACUUCCAGUGAAAACAGUGGUUCAAAGUUGGUGAGCUUCUCGACUAUUACAGAUGGAGAAGAUUUCUGCUCCAACUUUACCCCUUUAUCCAUACAGCUCAAUAUUAGGGUCUCACCUUAUUGUGCAGACAGUUCCUGGAAAGCUUUGCUUGGAGAGUUUGUUCUUCAGCUGCUCCCUGAACAAAUUUUGAUUGAUAAGAUCCAUGAAAGGAGUUUCUCUUUGAUUAAAACAGAUUCUGGUGGUCAGCUGCAGAUCUGUGUUGAUGCAAAAAAUGGAGAAGAUGACAGUGGUAAAGAUAAAGAAGACCUGAAUGAUUAUGAACAAGCCAUUCUGGUGGAAUCAUCUUUAAGUAGUGAAAUGUUAGAAGGUUUGAGGUGGUUGCAAAAGAAGAGGGUAGUUGAACUUUAUCAAAGACCUAAGGACGAAAAAGCUUUAAAGGUUGGCAUUUACCUUCUGGAAACUGGUUUAAGCAAACUAGAGUUUCUCAGUGAUGGAGGUGGAAGACCAAAAAAAGCUAACCACCUGAUUCAAAAACUAAUGGAAGAGUUCUACAGUUUUAGAAUUCCAGAUGUGUUGGAGGAAGAUGAGGAAGAAUCUGAUAGAGAACUAGAGCGACAGAAUAUUGAAGAGCUGUAUGACUUUGUGAGGCAUACACAUCAGCAGGAAAAUCAGUUGUUGAGGGAGGAUGUACAGCACCCUGCACUUAUUCCCAUAUUGAGGCCAUACCAAAGUGAGGCUGUGAACUGGAUGCUGCAACGGGAGAAUUUCAGAAACAUCUCUACCAAUGAAAAUACUCUUCACUUUUUAUGGCGAGAGGUCAUCACUCUAGAUGGAGUGAAAAUCUACUAUAAUCCAUUUAUUGGCUGCAUUAUCCGUGAAUACCCAGUUGCUGGGCCUCAGUGGCCUGGAGGAAUUCUGGCUGAUGAAAUGGGUCUUGGGAAGACAGUAGAAGUACUGGCUCUUAUUCUGACACACGCACGGCAAGAUGUUAAACAGGAUGCUCUAACCUUACCUGAGGGUAAACUAGUGAACUUCUUUGUUCCACCCCAACCUAAUGAAGGAAGCAAAAAGAAAAGAGCAAAGAAAAUAGAGCUUAAAUUGAAGGAAAAAAUACAGUAUCCCAGUUUACGAGUGAUGAUAUUAACAGCUGUGAAAGAAAUGAAUGUGAAGAAAGGAGCUUCCAUCAUUGCAAUAUUUAAGUAUAUUAGUGCCAUAUACAAGUAUGAUAUACAGAGAAAUCGAAGGCUUCUUAAAAGGACUUUGGAGAAACUAAUUGCAGACCAAGUAGUAGAACAGGUCAAAGGCCAUGGAUUGGCUGGAUCUUUCAAGUUAGGGAAGAAUUACAAGGAACAGAAAAGGCGAGAAAAAAACAAAGAGCAGGUAACAAAGAGGUCUGAAAGGAUUCAGAAGAAAUGUUUGCCUGAUGCUAAAACUCAAACCAAAGAUUUGGCGAGUAGGAAAGCAGCCACUGAAAAUGUCCUUAAAUCACCACAGUUUGGCAACAUCACUCCAGAGGAGCAUGACUAUUGUGCAACUACCAGAAAUAAUAGAAAGUCUGAGACGGGUCAUAAAACCUGCAUCAAAGAACAAAAUUCUCCAAAAGUUAUAGACCUAGAGUCUGACUUGCAAGGAAACCUCCUUGUGUCCAGUGACACCACCAAUUCUACUGUUAUUAGUAUACCUAAAAAAUCAGACGAUGAUGAAGUCCAGCAAAACUUCUCGGAGGGCCAGUGCUCAGGCUCCCAAGAGCAAGUCAGCAGUGGUGUACAGCAUGCCAGUUCCAUAUAUCCGUUCAAUACUUCUGACUACCGUUUUGAAUGCAUUUGUGGUGAACUUGGGUUGAUUGAUUGUAAGGCCCGUGUGCAGUGCCUGAAGUGCCACCUGUGGCAACAUGCUGAGUGUGUAAACUACAAAGAAGAAAACUUGAAGGUCAAGCCCUUUUACUGUCCUCAUUGCUUAGUAGCAAUGAAACCAGUUUCCACAGGAGCAACUCUGAUAAUCUCUCCAAGUUCUAUCUGUCAUCAGUGGGUGGAUGAGAUCAACAGGCAUGUGAGAUCAUCUUCCCUUCGAGUCCUGGUAUAUCAAGGCGUGAAGAAACAUGGAUUCUUGCAGCCUCAUAUGUUGGCAGAACAGGAAAUAGUCAUCACCACAUAUGAUGUCCUACGCACUGAACUAAACUACGUGGACAUCCCUCACAGCAACAGUGAAGAUGGACGCCGUUUCAGGAACCAGAAGCGGUAUAUGGCUAUCCCAAGCCCCUUAGUAGCGGUGGAGUGGUGGAGGAUAUGCCUAGAUGAAGCACAGAUGGUUGAAUGCACUACAGCAAAGGCUGCUGAAAUGGCACUUCGUUUGAGUGGAAUCAACCGCUGGUGUGUCAGCGGCACUCCUGUGCAACGAGGAUUAGAAGAUCUAUACGGGUUAGUUCUUUUUCUUGGAGUUGAUCCUUACUGGGUCAAAUAUUGGUGGGAUCAGCUUUUGUAUCGACCUUACUGUAGGAAAAAUCCUCAGCCUCUCUACAGCCUCAUUGCCAAGAUAAUGUGGAGGUCAGCAAAGAAGGACGUGAUUGACCAAAUUCAAAUACCCCCUCAGACAGAGAAUGUUCACUGGCUUCACUUUUCUCCUGUGGAGAGACACUUCUAUCAUCGCCAGCAUGAGGUGUGCUGCCAGGAUGCGUUGGUAAAACUCCGCAAAAUUUCUGAUUGGACUCUUAAGCUUAGCAGUUUGGAUAGAAGGACGGUCACUUCCAUUUUGUACCCUUUGUUGCGGCUGAGACAGGCUUGCUGUCAUCCACAGGCUGUCCGUGGGGAAUUCUUGCCAUUACAGAAAAGCACUAUGACCAUGGAGGAACUACUAACAUCGCUGCAGAAGAAAUGUCGAACAGAGUGUGAGGAAGCACAUCGACAACUAGUGUGUGCCCUUAAUGGCUUAGCUGGUAUCCAUAUCAUUAAAGGUGAAUAUGCAUUGGCUGCAGAGUUGUACAGAGAGGUGUUGCGUUCUUCUGAAGAGCACAAAGAAAAGCUCAAAACAGAUUCCUUACAAAGACUACAUUCAACACACAACCUCAUGGAACUGCUGGUAGCGAAACAUCCAGGGAUACCACCAACCUUGCGAGAUAGCAGGCUUGAAGAAGAGGCUAAACAACUUCGACAACAUUAUAUGAGUAAGUCCAAUGCAGAAGUUGCAGAAGCUCAUCAGGCAUUGCAGCCAGUUUUGCAGACCAUUCGGGAGCUCCAGAGAAAGAUACAUUCUGGUUCGCCUUGGUGGUUGGAUGCAAUCCAGACAGCAAUACAAUAUGCCAUUGAUGAGGAGCUUGUUCAGCGUGUGCAAAAUGAGAUAACCAGCAACUACAAACAGCAAACGAAUAAACUCUCCAUGGCAGACAAGUUCCGUGAUUGUAGAGGCCUUCAGUACCUGCUCACAACUCAGCUAGAAGAAGUGAAGAAGUUCCAGAAGCUUGUAAGAGAAGCUGUCAAAAACCUAGAAGGCCCUCCUUCUAAGGAAGUUAUUGAGGCUGCCACUAUCUGCCAUUUGCGGCCUGUUAGACUUCCUCUCAACAACUGUGUCUUCUGUAAGGCUGAUGAGUUGUUCACAGACUAUGAGUCAAAGCUGUUUUCUCAUACUGUGAAAGGUCAGAUGGCUAUUUUUGAGGAGAUGAUAGAAGAUGAAGAAGGGCUUGUUGAUGACCGUUUACCCACUACAAGCCGAGGACUUUGGGCAGCAAGUGAGACAGAGCGUGCCUUGAAAGCCAUACUCUCUUUUGCCAAAGCUCACCGUCUGGAUGCUAAACUAACUGAAGAGGGCAACACGUUUCUGGAGCUCUUUGAAGCAUGGAAGAAGGAAUACAAGUUACUUCAUGAAUAUUGGAUGGUAUUGAGGGAUCAUGUGUCUGCUAUCGAUGAACUUGCCAUGGCCACAGAACGGUUGAGAGUGCGUCAUCCUGAUGAGCCCAAGCCGAACCCUCCAGUACUUCACAUCAUAGAACCACAUGAGGUAGAGCAAAAUCGAGUGAAACUUUUGAAUGACAAGGCAGUUGCCAAAUCCCAGCUUCAGAAGAAACUAGGCCAGCUCCUGUAUCUCACUAAUUUAGAGAAGUCUCAGGAUAAAACCACUGGUGGAGUUAAUCCAGAACCCUGUCCAAUUUGUGCUCGCCAACUGGGAAAGCAGUGGGCAGUUCUGACUUGUGGGCAUUGCUUCUGUAAUGAAUGUGUAGCUAUAAUUAUAGAACAGUACAGUGUUGGCACCCGCAGGAGUUCGAUUAAGUGCGCCAUCUGCAGACAGACAACCUCUCAUAAAGAAAUAUCUUACGUCUUCACUGCAGAGACUGCAAACCAGGAAGAUGAUAUUCCUGUGAAGGGAAGCCAUUCCACCAAAGUGGAAGCUGUGGUACGGACUCUGAAGAAAAUCCAGUGUAAAGUUCCAGGGGCUAAAUCUUUGGUUUUCUCAACGUGGCAAGAUGUGCUGGAUAUAAUUUCAAAAGCUCUGUAUGAUAACAACAUGGUGUUUGCUCAGAUCAAUGGAAUUAGUAAAUUUCAGGAAAAUCUUUCAGCAUUUAAAUAUGACCCCAAGAUCAAUAUUUUGCUCUUACCCCUACAUACUGGUUCCAAUGGAUUAAACAUAAUUGAAGCGACUCAUGUCCUGCUGGUCGAACCCAUUCUGAAUCCUGCACAUGAGCUCCAGGCAAUUGGCAGAGUGCACCGCAUUGGCCAAACAAAGCCCACCAUUGUGCACAGGUUCUUGAUAAAAGCGACAAUAGAAGAAAGGAUGCAGAUGAUGCUGAAAACUGUGGAGAGAAGCCACACUAGUUCUUCCAUGAAACAGUCAGAAGCCUCAGUUUUGACAGUCGCUGAUCUGGCAGACCUUUUUACAGAGGAAACUGAAGAACUUGAAUGAAAAGUCUUUGGCUUGACCCAGUGAGAUCUCUUGGGAAAUGAUGCGACAUUGAGUAUCUGUAUGAAAUCAUUAUAACUGUCAUAAAUCUUUGUAUAUGUCAUCCAACAUUCACCCUAGCUAGGGUUCCUAAAAUUAGUAAGAUCCUUUAAUCAUUACCAUUGAUUUUGUGGCUGAGUCCUUAGAACAUCUUUUCUGAUAGCACUGGAGAGAGAUUGCACUUUGCACAUUAUACAAAAAGAUGGAUUUUAUUUCCAAAGAAUAUGAUUGAUUCUCAGGCUGAAAUCUUUGCCUGCUGAGGUCAGUGGGAGUUUUGCUACUGACCUGGAUGGGCCAGUAUUUCAUUCCAGUUGAGUAAAGCUGUAAGGAUGGUGGGGGUGGGACAGUAAAACAGGUAACAAACUAUUUUGCUGUAGUCUUUUUAACUGUACAAAGCAUUGGCCAGAAUGAAUUCCUUUGUAAAUAAAUAUCCCCCUAGAAAGGACUUCUGCUGUAGUUAGUGUUUAACAAGUCACUCAAGUAUUGAAAUAACCCUCCUUAUUUGUUAACACUUACUUAUGAAUCAUUACUAGCGAGUUUGUUGUUCAUGGUAGUCUUCCAGGUAUUCUAUUAUGUAACAGCAUAAAAUUGCAUUAUAACUUAAAUUUAUUCCAUGUUCACUUACUGUAGAGUUGAUUAAUUAAAUUAUGGCUCUUGUAUGUAUAUGGGUCUUAAAAUGAUAGUUAAACACUACUGUACACAUUUUUAAAGAUUCUUAAAGCCAUGCCUACUUUAGUGAUUUGUUGUAAGAAUUUGGAGUCCUUUGUAAUGGAAUUUUUAAAAGUAACUGGUUAAGCUACCCAUAAUUUUA